ACAAGCAACAGCAUUUCAAGUAACAACUAAAAAAGCACAGCUUUUCUUUAACUAAACUAAAUCUUCAACCCAAGCUUAAACAUGAAGAUCUUUGUGACGAUUUUGGUAGCAUCUACCUUGGCUAUGGCCACCGCAGACAUUAGUUUGAAAUCGGGUUACAGCUAUAAUGGCAACAAUAUUGCACCACCGGCUUACUACAUGCAACAACAGCAGCAACAACAACAGCAACCCCAAUAUCCAACUCAAAACAUAAUUCCCUCCUCUUUCCUCAAGCCCAACUCACAAUAUUUGCCCCAAUCUCAGUUGCAGCAUCAAAAUCAACCCCAACUGCAAUUGCAGCAAAACCAAAGGUAUCCAGCACCCCAAAAACAACAACAGUUUAUGCAACUCCCCAUGCCAGCCGAUUUCCCCUCGAUGUUCAGUUUCCAACCCGCUGUCAACACUAAGCCCGUUCGUCGUUAUCGUCCCCGUGUUCGUAUGCCCAAGAAACCAAUUGUCACCAAGAACUUUUUCAUUCACUCGGCUCCCGAAGAAACCCAGGCUGAAAUCGAUGAGGAAUUAGCCGCUUUGCAACAACAACCCCGCAAACACUACAAUGUUUUGUUCGUUAAGACCCCCAGCCAAACCAACAAAGCUGCCGCUCUCAAUUUGGCCAAGGCGAUUAAGGAAGAAAAAACAGUUGUCUAUGUUUUGGCUAAGAAAACCUCUGCCACCGAUUUGCAAGAUGCCAUCAAAGAUUCUCCCCAAACCAUCAACAAACCUGAGGUGUUCUUCAUCAAAUAUCGUACACCCGAAGAGGCUGCCAAUGCCCAGCGUCAAAUUCAAUCUCAAUACGAUAGUUUGGGUGGAUCCACCACUAUCACUGAUGAAGGUAUUGCUCCCGCUACUUCUGUUAUUGGAUCUUUGGAUGCUUCUGAGGAAGAAGAAGAGGAAGAGACCCAACUGCAACAACAACAACAGCAAUUGGACAACUCACAAGAGCAGCAAAUCCAAAGCGGUCACUAUGACGAUCAACAAUUGGUGAAUGCUCUGCAGUCGUCGAACAACAACGGUUACUUGCCACCCUCAAAUCAAUACUAAUUAAGAUCUUCACUGUUAGAUAAUUUUGUUAUUUAGUUAAAUAGUUAAAAAAGCUGUUACGAUGAUUGUAUUCGAUCCGUUUUUUUUACACUAGCACAAUCAUUCGGUUUUUUUGAAUGAUGCGGUUUUAAUACAAUCUGGUCUUUUGUUACAUUUUUGACUAGUUUUAAAUGUUUAACCAACCCAUUUAUGUUUAAGAAUUUUUAGUUUUAAGUUUCAAUUCACUGUUUUAGAACAAUUUUCAUUAAUAACUUCACAAUAAAAUUGCUUGCCAUAAUUUAAAAUAUAAAAUGA